AUGAUCCAACAACACUUAUCAACCUCACUCGUCGAUGUUAUCAUUAUUGGAGGUAGCUUUGCAGGUUUAUCAGCAGCUAUGGCAUUAGGAAGAGCAUCAAAAUCAGUCCUGAUUUUCGACACUAACAAGCCAUGCAAUAGACAAACUCCAUUCUCUCACAAUUUCAUUCUGCAUGAUGGUGAAGCUCCAUCACAAAUUAGCAAAAAAGCCCUUGAGCAAGUUCUCAAAUAUUCAACUGUUUCGUAUAGGAUGGAGGAGGUUUUGAAGGCAAGUAAGGGCGAAUGCAGCAGCAGAUUUCAAGUAGAAACCAAUAAUGGAAUCUAUCAUUCUAGAAAGGUGAUUUUGGCAUCAGGUCUCAAAGAUGAGUUUCCACUCAUUCAGGGAGUUUCUGAAUGUUGGGGAAUUUCUGUUCUUCAUUGUCCAUAUUGUCAUGGUUAUGAGGAGAUUGGAAAGCAAACAGCCCUCAUUUCGAAUAAUGAAAAGACCUUCGAUUCAUGUGUAAUGAUCAGUAAUUGGGCAAAGGAUUUAAUAUUGCUGACUGAUGGCCCUUGUACUCUCACUCCAGAGCAACAACAUUUAGUACAUGUUAAAAAUGGAAUCCAAAUUAUUGAGAAACCCAUUGAAAAGCUCAUUCAUCAUCAAGGUAGAGUUCAAAAGAUUGUUUUUAAGGAUUCUUCUGAAAUUGAACUUGAUGUAAUUUAUCUGAAACCAAAGACAACUCAAGGAAACAACUUGGCCAAACAAUUGGGAUGUGAAUUGACCACAACCAAUGAAAUUAUUGUCGAUUCUCUCCAAAAGACCACUGUUGAGGGUGUGUAUGCUGCAGGAGAUGCCACAACCUACAUGAGAAGCGUGGCAUUGGCUGUGGCCUCAGGUCAAAAAGCAGGUAUUAUGGUUGAUCGUGAAAUUAAUAUUGAAAACUUUAAAAACUAA